GAGCAGCGGUCUGUGGACAGGCUGUAACAAAGUUAACAUGGUAUAUCAUCGGACGAGAGCGUAACUAAUGACACGUUUAAGCGAUAUUAUGGAGACUCAAGACAGACUACUGUUUUCGAAGCUUUUUCACAAGCAUAGACAGGUAGAAGUUACUUUAAACCGCAGUGUUUUGGCUUGGAAGGAAACUGAGAAGAUCCGAAAACGAAGCUCUGGCAUCAGCAACAGUGCUGAAACAGCACACAUCCAUGCUCUGCAAGUGUGUGAGAUAGUGGCUGUCCACACCAAAGAUGAUGAGCAAGACAAAAAAGAGACCAGAAGGAGUCGGGUGGAAGCAAAGCAGACCUCCCAGCUGCAUCCCCAUGCUUUCACAGUUUCCUACGUCAGAAGAACAAGGCAGCACCAGUGGCGCUGCAGUGAAGUGACUUUCCACUCUGCCAACCAGGCACUCAGCGAGCAGUGGAUCAAAGUUAUCAAUGAGCAACUGGCAUUACUCACCCACCGACCGAAGAGCCUUCUGGUGUACAUCAAUCCGUACGGGGGAAAGCGGCGUGGGAAGCGUAUUUACGAGCAGAAGGUGGCCCCACUCUUUGGCCGUGCCUGCAUCUCAACCGACGUGAUUGUUACAGAGCGAGCCAAUCAUGCCAGGGACCACUUGAAAACGGAUGCCAAUCUAGAUAAAUAUGACGGGGUGGUGUGUGUGGGUGGAGAUGGGAUGUUCAGUGAGAUCCUGCACGGAUUAAUCAGCAGGACCCAAACAGACAACGGCGUGGAUCCGAACCAACCGGAUGCUGAGUUGGUACCGUGUUCUAUGCACUUCGGGAUCAUUCCUGCUGGGUCCACUGAUUGUAUCUGCUUUGCCACAGUGGGAACCAACGAUCCAGUUACUUCUGCUUUACACAUCAUUCUGGGUGAUUCCCAGCCGAUGGACGUGUGCUCAGUUCACCACAACGACAGCUUUCUCAGAUACUCUGUCUCGUUGCUUGGAUACGGUUUCUAUGGUGAUGUACUGAAAGACAGCGAAAGGAAGAGAUGGAUGGGUCCUGCUAGAUAUGACCUGUCAGGUGUGAAAACCUUUCUGAGUCACAACUACUAUGAAGGCUCCAUCUCUUUCCUCCCCGCUGAGAACAACAUGGGGGAUCCCAGAGACAAGCUGCAGUGUCGAUCCGGGUGCAGCGUCUGUCAGCAUAAGCCCUCAUCAAAGGACAUGCAGUGGGAGAUGUCAGAGGAGAAGGAAAAGUCUGAUAAAGUUGGUGGUUGGAGGACUAUCCGUGGAAAGUUCAUUGCAAUAAAUGCGGCCAGUAUGAGCUGCGCGUGUCCCCGCAGUCCAAAUGGUCUGUCGCCCUCCGCCCACCUCGCUGACGGCACCACAGACCUCAUCCUGGUCAGGAAGUGCUCCCGUCUGGACUUCCUCACGCAUCUCCUUCGACACACCAACAAAGAAGACCAGCCAGCCCCUCGCCGCCUCCGGGAGAGUCGGAAAAACUUCCCCAACCCCAACUUUGUGACAAAGGAGCUACGGAAACUCAGCUGGUCUGGAAUCCCACGACAAGUCCGACCCAUAACGUGGAAGCUCCUUUCGGGUUACCUACCAGCCAACGCAGAGAGAAGAGAGAGCGUCCUACAGAGAAAGAGACAAGAAUACUUCGGCUUCAUCCAGCAGUACUACGACUCGCGCAAUGACGAACACCAUCAGGACACGUACAGACAGAUCCAAAUAGACAUUCCUAGGAUGAGUCCUGAGUCUUUGGUGCUGCAGCCAAAGGUGACAGAGAUUUUUGAGCGGAUACUUUUCAUCUGGGCCAUCCGCCAUCCAGCCAGCGGCUACGUGCAAGGCAUCAACGACCUGGUCACGCCGUUCUUCGUCGUCUACGUGUUUGAGUACAUCGGUAAGUGCCAUCUCUCAACCCUUUCCUUUUCACUUCAAGACUUCCUAAUCUUUGGUUUGAUAUGCCAUUGA